GCAGACGGGAGUUUCUCCUCGGGGUCGGAGCAGGAGGCACGCGGAGUGUGAGGCCACGCAUGAGCGGACGCUAACCCCCUCCCCAGCCGCAAAGAGUCUACAUGUCUAGGGUCUAGACAUGUUCAGCUUUGUGGACCUCCGGCUCCUGCUCCUCUUAGCGGCCACCGCCCUCCUGACGCACGGCCAAGAGGAAGGCCAAGUCGAGGGCCAAGACGAAGACAUCCCACCAAUCACCUGCGUACAGAACGGCCUCAGGUACCAUGACCGAGACGUGUGGAAACCCGAGCCCUGCCGAAUCUGCGUCUGCGACAAUGGCAAGGUGUUGUGCGAUGACGUGAUCUGUGACGAGACCAAGAACUGCCCCGGCGCCGAAGUCCCCGAGGGCGAGUGCUGUCCCGUCUGCCCCGACGGCUCAGAGUCACCCACCGACCAAGAAACCACUGGCGUCGAGGGACCCAAGGGAGACACUGGCCCCCGAGGCCCAAGAGGACCCGCAGGCCCCCCUGGCCGAGAUGGCAUCCCUGGGCAGCCUGGACUUCCCGGACCCCCCGGACCCCCCGGACCUCCCGGACCCCCUGGCCUCGGAGGAAACUUUGCUCCCCAGCUGUCUUAUGGCUAUGACGAGAAAUCAACCGGAGGAAUUUCCGUGCCUGGCCCCAUGGGUCCCUCUGGUCCUCGUGGUCUCCCUGGCCCCCCUGGUGCACCUGGUCCCCAAGGCUUCCAAGGUCCCCCUGGUGAGCCUGGCGAGCCCGGAGCUUCAGGUCCCAUGGGUCCCCGAGGUCCCCCUGGCCCCCCUGGAAAGAAUGGAGAUGAUGGGGAAGCUGGAAAACCUGGUCGUCCUGGUGAGCGUGGGCCUCCUGGGCCUCAGGGUGCUCGAGGAUUGCCCGGAACAGCUGGCCUCCCUGGAAUGAAGGGACACAGAGGUUUCAGUGGUUUGGAUGGUGCCAAGGGAGAUGCUGGUCCUGCUGGUCCCAAGGGUGAGCCUGGCAGCCCUGGUGAAAAUGGAGCUCCUGGUCAGAUGGGCCCCCGUGGUCUGCCUGGUGAGAGAGGUCGCCCUGGAGCCCCUGGCCCUGCUGGUGCUCGCGGAAAUGAUGGUGCUACUGGUGCUGCCGGACCCCCUGGUCCCACUGGCCCCGCUGGUCCUCCUGGCUUCCCUGGUGCUGUUGGUGCUAAGGGUGAAGCUGGUCCCCAAGGGCCCCGAGGCUCUGAAGGUCCCCAAGGUGUGCGUGGUGAGCCUGGUCCCCCUGGCCCUGCUGGUGCUGCUGGCCCUGCUGGAAACCCUGGUGCUGAUGGACAGCCUGGUGCUAAAGGUGCCAAUGGUGCUCCUGGUAUUGCUGGUGCUCCUGGCUUCCCUGGUGCCCGAGGCCCCUCUGGACCCCAGGGCCCCGGCGGCCCUCCUGGUCCCAAGGGUAACAGCGGUGAACCUGGUGCUCCCGGCAGCAAAGGAGACACUGGUGCUAAGGGAGAGCCCGGCCCCGUUGGUGUUCAAGGACCCCCUGGCCCUGCUGGAGAGGAAGGAAAGCGAGGAGCUCGAGGUGAACCCGGACCCACUGGCCUGCCCGGACCCCCUGGCGAGCGUGGUGGACCUGGUAGCCGUGGUUUCCCUGGCGCAGAUGGUGUUGCUGGUCCCAAGGGUCCCGCUGGUGAACGUGGUUCUCCUGGCCCUGCUGGCCCCAAAGGAUCUCCUGGUGAAGCUGGUCGUCCCGGUGAAGCUGGUCUGCCUGGUGCCAAGGGUCUGACUGGAAGCCCUGGCAGCCCUGGUCCUGAUGGCAAAACUGGCCCCCCUGGUCCCGCCGGUCAAGAUGGUCGACCUGGACCCCCAGGCCCCCCUGGUGCCCGUGGUCAGGCUGGUGUGAUGGGAUUCCCUGGGCCUAAAGGUGCUGCUGGAGAGCCCGGCAAGGCUGGAGAGCGAGGUGUUCCCGGACCCCCUGGCGCUGUCGGUCCUGCUGGCAAAGAUGGAGAGGCUGGAGCUCAGGGACCCCCUGGCCCCGCUGGUCCUGCUGGCGAGAGAGGUGAACAAGGCCCUGCUGGCUCUCCCGGAUUCCAGGGUCUCCCUGGUCCUGCUGGUCCUCCUGGUGAAGCAGGCAAACCUGGUGAACAGGGUGUUCCUGGAGACCUUGGUGCCCCCGGCCCCUCUGGAGCAAGAGGCGAGAGAGGCUUCCCUGGCGAGCGUGGUGUGCAAGGUCCCCCUGGUCCUGCUGGUCCCCGAGGGGCCAAUGGUGCUCCCGGCAACGAUGGUGCUAAGGGUGAUGCUGGUGCCCCUGGAGCUCCCGGUAGCCAGGGCGCCCCUGGCCUUCAGGGAAUGCCUGGUGAACGUGGUGCAGCUGGUCUUCCAGGGCCUAAGGGUGACAGAGGUGAUGCCGGUCCCAAAGGUGCUGAUGGCUCUCCUGGCAAAGAUGGCGUCCGUGGUCUGACUGGCCCCAUUGGUCCUCCUGGCCCUGCUGGUGCCCCUGGUGACAAGGGUGAAACUGGUCCCAGCGGCCCUGCUGGUCCCACUGGAGCUCGUGGUGCCCCUGGAGACCGUGGUGAGCCUGGUCCCCCUGGCCCUGCUGGCUUCGCUGGCCCCCCUGGUGCUGAUGGCCAACCUGGUGCUAAAGGCGAACCUGGUGAUGCUGGUGCUAAAGGCGAUGCUGGUCCCCCUGGCCCUGCCGGACCCGCUGGACCCCCUGGCCCCAUUGGUAAUGUUGGUGCUCCUGGAGCCAAAGGUGCUCGCGGCAGCGCUGGUCCCCCUGGUGCUACUGGUUUCCCUGGUGCUGCUGGCCGAGUCGGUCCUCCUGGCCCCUCUGGAAAUGCUGGACCCCCUGGCCCUCCUGGUCCUGCUGGCAAAGAAGGCGGCAAAGGUCCCCGUGGUGAGACUGGCCCUGCUGGACGUCCUGGUGAAGUUGGUCCCCCUGGUCCCCCUGGCCCUGCUGGCGAGAAAGGAUCCCCUGGUGCUGAUGGUCCUGCUGGUGCUCCUGGUACUCCCGGGCCUCAAGGUAUUGCUGGACAGCGUGGUGUGGUCGGCCUGCCUGGUCAGAGAGGAGAAAGAGGCUUCCCUGGUCUUCCUGGCCCCUCUGGUGAACCUGGCAAACAAGGUCCCUCUGGAGCAAGUGGUGAGCGUGGUCCCCCUGGACCCAUGGGCCCCCCUGGAUUGGCUGGACCCCCUGGUGAAUCUGGACGUGAGGGAGCUCCUGGCGCCGAAGGUUCCCCUGGACGAGACGGUUCUCCUGGUGCCAAGGGUGACCGUGGUGAGACCGGCCCCGCUGGACCCCCUGGUGCUCCUGGUGCUCCUGGUGCCCCUGGCCCCGUUGGCCCUGCUGGCAAGAGUGGUGAUCGUGGUGAGACUGGUCCUGCUGGUCCCGCCGGUCCUGUCGGCCCUGUUGGCGCCCGUGGCCCCUCUGGACCCCAAGGCCCCCGUGGUGACAAGGGUGAGACAGGCGAACAGGGCGACAGAGGCAUAAAGGGUCACCGUGGCUUCUCCGGCCUCCAGGGUCCCCCUGGCCCUCCUGGCUCUCCUGGCGAACAAGGUCCCUCUGGAGCCUCUGGUCCUGCUGGUCCCCGAGGUCCCCCUGGCUCUGCUGGUGCUCCUGGCAAAGAUGGACUCAACGGUCUCCCUGGCCCCAUUGGGCCCCCUGGUCCUCGCGGUCGCACUGGUGAUGCUGGUCCUGUUGGUCCCCCCGGCCCUCCCGGACCUCCUGGUCCCCCUGGUCCUCCCAGCGCUGGUUUCGACUUCAGCUUCCUGCCCCAGCCACCUCAAGAGAAGGCUCACGAUGGUGGCCGCUACUACCGGGCUGAUGAUGCCAAUGUGGUUCGUGACCGUGACCUCGAGGUGGACACCACCCUCAAGAGCCUGAGCCAGCAGAUCGAGAACAUCCGGAGCCCCGAGGGCAGCCGCAAGAACCCCGCCCGCACUUGCCGUGAUCUCAAGAUGUGCCACUCUGACUGGAAGAGCGGAGAGUACUGGAUUGACCCCAACCAAGGCUGCAACCUGGAUGCCAUCAAAGUCUUCUGCAACAUGGAGACUGGUGAGACCUGCGUGUACCCCACUCAGCCCAGUGUGGCCCAGAAGAACUGGUACAUCAGCAAGAACCCCAAGGACAAGAAGCAUGUCUGGUUUGGCGAGAGCAUGACCGAUGGAUUCCAGUUCGAGUAUGGCGGCCAGGGCUCCGACCCUGCCGACGUGGCCAUCCAGCUGACCUUCCUGCGCCUGAUGUCCACCGAGGCCUCCCAGAACAUCACCUACCACUGCAAGAACAGCGUGGCCUACAUGGACCAGCAGACUGGCAACCUCAAGAAGGCCCUGCUCCUCCAGGGCUCCAACGAGAUCGAGAUCCGCGCCGAGGGCAACAGCCGUUUCACCUACAGCGUCACUGUCGAUGGCUGCACGAGUCACACCGGAGCCUGGGGCAAGACAGUGAUCGAAUACAAAACCACCAAGACCUCCCGCCUGCCCAUCAUCGAUGUGGCCCCCUUGGACGUUGGCGCCCCAGACCAGGAAUUCGGCUUCGACGUUGGCCCUGUCUGCUUCCUGUAAACUCCCUCCAUCCCAACCUGGCUCCCUCCCACCCAACCAACUUUCCCCCCAACCCGGAAACAGACAAGCAACCCAAACUGAACCCCCCCAAAAGCCAAAAAAUGGGAGACAAUUUCACAUGGACUUUGGAAAAUAUUUUUUUCCUUUGCAUUCAUCUCUCAAACUUAGUUUUUAUCUUUGACCAACCGAACAUGACCAAAAACCAAAAGCGCAUUCAACCUUACCAAAAAAAAAAAAAAGAAUAAAUAAAUAACUUUUUAAAAAA